CAUCUAAUUUAAACCAAAUGUUUUACAGAGGAAAUUAAUGACAACAGGUCCUGAAUGAGCUAUGGGUGAAGACUCCAACUCUUGGCUGACAGAUCGAGAUAAAUUAACAAGACUUUUAAAAUUUUUGGAGAGUGAUGCUACUAUAGGACCUGGUUAUGAAGGCAAAAGGCAGUCAAGUUUUCCUACACAUGGACGGAGAAGCCUUGCUAAUUCUUUGGAUUUGACUGCAAACACUGAACAAAAUGCGACCUUUACCCUUUCACCACCUCUGAUCACCCAGCAUGUUCCAACUUUUUAUGUUGACAAUUGGUCCACUAUAAAAAGAGGAGACACAAUACUUUUUCCAAAUAGUCCAAGAAAAUAUGGUCCAGCAUUAGGAGGUAGUCCCAUAACACUUGAAACAGCAAUAGAAUUGAGAAAAGUUGUUCAUGGAUCUGCCGUCCACUCACUCUCUAAAGAAUGGCUGAAAGCAACACUGGAGUUCUAUUUUUUAGAAAGUGCAUUCCCUUUUGGCAUUCAAACUGCUAAGUGUGGAGCGAGGGGACUAGCUCUGUGUGUUCAAGGUUUUAUGUUAAAACAUUUAAUAUUUGACAGAGAGUACAAAUCUUCUGUUUUAUUUGACGUUGGUGCGUUAAAGCCUAAUGCCUUUGAAAGAAGACGAGCUCUUAUUGGUGCUAUCUGUGAGAUCCUGUGGCAGGCUGGGGACAAGAGAAGAUGCUGUGUUUGCUUGAAGCAGGAGGAGGUUUGCUUUGGGCCAGAUUACAGAUACAGGCCUGAUUCAGUCACAGAGAAGCUUCAGCUUAAUGAGUUCAAGAAGUUUGAAGAUUUACAGAAUUUUAUUAAAAGAAAUCUGGACCAGUUUCAAAUAGCUCAUGGCAAUGGCUGCCUUCUUUUUCUGUACAGUUUAGUUCUAUCCAGAACUAUCCAAAGAGUGCGAGAGGACUUCCAGGUUAGAAGUGAGACCAAAUUAAAACUGCUAACAGACAUGGAGGAGCUGACCCAGAACCUGGUCAACCUGACCCUAACUGGCAGCGCCACGCCUUACCUGCACAACGGGGAGAUUUUGUAUGACGACAGAGGAGCCUUGCUGCCUCAUCCAGUUCAUGGCAUUAGAUCAAGGAGUGGUGUAGGAUUUUUGUUUUGGGACAAGGGAGAAGACCCAGAGAAAAGGACUGAGGUUGGUUCCAUGCUGAAAACCCCAACAAACCCAAUCUGGGUAACCAAAGUCAAUGGCAUAUUUGGCCUACUUUUUAGCCUGAACCCAGAUUUAGUGAGUGACUGGAGGGUUGAAAACAAAUUUACCAUGUGGUAUUAUACAGGCUCAGUGAUGCAAGCUAAACCCACUGUCUUAUCUAUAGAAACAAGAAUUGGGAGACCUAGACCAAAGACUGGCUUUGCUAGACGAGAGGAGGAGAGCAAGAUUCCCCCACUGGAAAACUGUAUCAUGACCAAAUGGUAUGGGGCAGAUGUAAAAUGGAAUGGAUCAGCACCAUUUUUGUAAGACUUCACAAUAGACCAGACUUAAGUAAGGAUGAUUGGUUUUUUGUAAGGCUUCAAUAGAAUCAUGAAAUAUAUUGGCACAAUUUUUGUAAGAUUAAUACAAGACUAGUGUAAAAGGAUCAAGACUUUCUACAGACAAAUAUUUGGAUUCCUCUCUGAUAGUUUUUCUUGUGGUGAGAUGCUUUAACAAUUUUUUUUUAGAAACAUUUCUCAUUGUUAUUGUGGGAUAUUUUUUAGUCUUGUGACUUCUAAGAUGUUUCCACUAAUGUACAUACACUACACUGCUAAAUACAGUAUUCAGCGUGAAACAAUCCAAAUAAGUUCGUCAAUGUUUUAUUGUUAAUUUGUUGAGCAUAAUAUAAGUAUUGUUAUCAUUUUGAAAAAAGAUUAUAAUAUUAGUGUAACAAAUAACAGUAACAUGUUUUCAUGCCAUGACUAUAAAGUGUUAAGUAAUAUUGUAAUGAGCAUCUAAUAUUUAAUUUAAGCAUGCAUUUGUAUGUGUUACAUUUUUAAAAAAAAAUUAUUUAUUUAUAUUUAUAUUUAUUUAUAAAAGUAUCACCUGUUUUAAAAUUUGACUUUGAUAAAUAGAUGUGAUAUUGUUUUUUUUUAAUUUGUAUUUUAUUGUCAAUUCCAUUAGAAUUUUUGAAGUCUUUCACUCAUUUGACUCAGUGUGAUUAAAGUAUGAAAGAUAACUCUAGAAUAUCUAAGUAACAGUAUUAUUUGUUUUGUUGCUUUGUGUUCAUCAUAUGAAUACAUUAUAAGUGGCCAAAAUGCUUUUUUUUCUGAUCUCUAAUAGUGUUUAUUGAUUAUGAUAACAUU